ACGAUACUCACAGGAAGGUAUUGGUUUGUUUUAUUUUAGGCCAGUGUAAUCAUGCUAUAAUAUUUAUAGCACAAUUUUAGACUUUUCAGAAAGUAUUCAAUUUAUUUGCUAUAAAGUAUUUUUAAGCAAACAUCGUACGACCAUCAUUGUUUUUGAUUGAAGUAAAACUUGAUAUCGGGUUAAGUGACUUAUAGGUCAUUUGUGUUUUAAAUAAUUCUUAUUACCAUACAAUUGAAGUUCUUGUGGACUAUUGAGUUUCGUGAAGUGAGUGAAAACGAAAAUUAUUUGAAAAGAAUCUAAACGAAGACUAAAGUGUAAUCUGAAGAUGUACAAUUACGUUGUGACUCUAUUUGUUAUUUUAAAUGCAUUUUUUGAUUUUAAUUAUUUUAUUAAAACUUUAUACGGUGUUUGGAGUGGAAGAAUAUGUAAAGGAAAGUGUACUUUGAACGAAGUUACCACAGUAUAUGGCAUAUGCAGUUUUAGGGAUUGUAACAUUACUUUUAACUCGAUUAGGCUAGCAAGGUUAAUAAGGCAGCUAGAUUUUGCUCGAUAUAAUUUUUAUGAUAGAACUGGAAUUUAUCAAAGAAGCAAGGAAUUAAAGGUUACUUCAUUACAAGGUUGUACUCUAACGGUUACCUAUGAGCCGGUACCAUUGUUUUGGAGAUACAAAAUUGAAACCGAGCUUGUUUAUUGGGAUGAUCGGUCCUUAUUCCUAGAGCACAAAGUGAUCACUUUGUGCGAUGCUAGGGUCCGGUCUUUCAUAGUUUCUCGACAGCACGUGAUAGGAGAAAAUGCACAAUCAGCUUCAAGUCUACUCGAAGGUUUGCCAGGCUCCGAGGUAAGGCCUGUAUGCCGUGAAUAUUUAAAGGAUUGGUUCAAAAGUAUGGAAAUAUCUAGUGCUAAGCUUAGAAGCGUUAAGUAAUGUGAAUAACAAUAAAAAUCUGUGAUACGAAAAUGGAUACGUUUUUAAAUCGCUUCUACUCGUUAGAUGAAAUAUCAAUUAAAAAAAUCGAAAUCAAGUAAGUUAUUAAUAGGUAUUUAAUAAAAUCGUAAUACGUUUUCGAUGUUUCUUCUAAUAUUAAGUAAAGUAAUUAGUUUAAUUUUAAUUAAAAAAUUAUUUAGAGAAGCCGUAAAAAGGGAAACCCAGAAAUCUUGACUCCAAAUCUGUCCCAAGUAUCAGGAUUCAAAUCAAUGGUCCAACUGGAUCAAUGGAAUUAAUGUUUUUCCGAGAACCUUUCAUGCGAUUUCGGAUCGUACGUUAAAACUAGAUUUUGAUGAUCUAAUUUUCUGUAGGAAUAAUCCUUUCAGUUACAUUAUAAAUAUUUGAGUAGCAUGCAAUGUAUUUAUGCAAUAUGAAUCUUUCUUUUGAAGUCAUAUCUAUUUGUAAACUUAAGAUUUUAUUUUUAUUUCCUUCUAUGAGUCUGUCGGUUUAAUGGUUGGAACAGCAGUCAUGUCAAUUGAGAUUCCUGCCUCAUAGCCCAAGGUGGGUUGUGGCAUGUAUUUUGUGAUAUGGGAUCCGGUAAUCAUUUAAAACCAGGUUGCCGAAGUUCGUCUACAUAAUUCCCUAGUUGUAGUUAUGCUACAAUAUAGAUAGAUAUAACGUAUAAGUGUAAAUAAGUGAUGAAAAAUUUGCUAAAAAAAUUCUAAUAAAUUUCAUUCGUAUUUAGCGCCAACUUCGUGCUGGUCAAUGACUUUAUGUAACGUUGUUGAAUGUCAGUUGACGUCAGAUACCUAUAAACCGGUACAGUGAAACUCACUAAGCGUUAGUAGUUGAUGAAUAUUUUCAUUUGUUAUCUCUGUCAUAAACCAAUGUUUAAAAAAAGAAGGAAGAUACAUUCUAUCAUUAUUACUACGUACCUAUAGCACUGCUGUACAAUUUUAGUGUGUUUUCGUGGUUUCGUUGAGUAGAACGUUUUAUAAUUCAAUCCAUCGCUUCAAUUGUUUGAAAGGUUUGAUUUCGGAAUAUAAUGUAUUGUAUAGUAGUGACGAUUGUGGCCCUAGCAUACAUAUUCUGGGAUGUAAAUUAUUUUUUGAGGGUUGCAUUCACAAUAGGUAUUGGAAGAUUAUUCCAUAAGAAAUGUGGAAUCAAUGAUUCUACUACAAUUUACGGCUUUUGCACUACUCAAGACGUUGACAUUUUCUUGAGGCACAUGAAUAAUGCCAGAUAUGUGAGGGAAUUAGAUUUUGCGAGAUUCCAUUUCUACGAUCGGACUGGUAUCUAUACAAAUAUAAAAGCUGUGGACGGUCACGCUCUACAAGGAGCCUCGAGUAUCCGUUAUCGAAGAACUAUACCAAUUUUCAGCCCAUACAAAGUUGAAACUAAGCUGGUUUACUGGGAGGAUAAAACUCUUUUCAUCGAGCAAAAGUUUAUAACUCUGAAUGAUGGUUUCGUGAGAGCCAUUGUGUUGUCACGACAAAACCUCCUUAAUGUGGACGCAGCUGCACUAUUCAAGGGUAUUCCAGGAGCUGAUCAGAAACCUGAAUGUCCAGAAGAAAUUAAGCAUUGGCUUCAAUCUAUUGAGGUAUCGAGCGCCAAGCUCCGGAAAAAAGAUUAAUAUUUUGUCGUAAAUGAUUUGCGAUAAACACAAUCCUAUAUAAUUUAUUUACUUGCUUUGUUCUAAAUCUGAAUUUGGGAAGGAUGGUUUUAGGUUAUUAAAAAUAAUGAUGUAAAGAA